AAGGAAGUUAAAAAUAUGGUUGUAACUGUAACCAAAUAAGUGCAAAGAUUGCAAAAUCUUUCUUUUUUCUUGUGACUUUUUCCAUGAAAAAGGAAGCUAAAAAGGCACCCCCUUGGGAGUCAGAAACUUUUAAAGGAGACAGUCUACACACGGAUCCUUAUCAAAUCUCUUUAAAUCCCCUCCUCUUUUCUUUAUUUCUAGCCAGAAAAAAAAAAAGAAUGAGAUCUUUAUCAUUCUUCAUAAGAAGCAUUAGUUUCACAAUCAUGUUGUUAAGUUUCUUAGCAAUCCAACUAAACCUCUGUUUUUCCAACACCCAAUUUUCACUCCCGGAUUUACGUAUCGACGGGCAUUUCACUUUCACAAACAACGAAUUCGCCGCGAAAGAUUACGGAAACCAAUUUCAAUUCCUUCCUUUUGCAGUCCUGCACCCUGAGUCAGUGUCUGACAUAUCUGCAACCGUGAGCCAUGUGUGGGACCUCGGGGUUGGGUCUGGGCUCACGGUUGCGGCCAGGGGGCACGGACACUCGAUUCAGGGUCAGGCUCAGGCGCACAGAGGGAUUGUGGUGAAUAUGGAGUCGUUGAAGAAACCGAAAAUGGAAUUUGAAUUUGGUUUUGAUUUUGGAUAUGUUGAUGUUUCGGGAGGGGAGUUGUGGAUAAAUAUUUUGAAGGAGAGUUUGAAGUUUGGAUUCGCGCCAAAAUCUUGGACUGAUUAUUUGCAUUUGACGGUUGGAGGGACGUUGUCGAAUGCGGGGAUUAGUGGUCAGGCGUUUCGGCAUGGUCCUCAGAUUAGUAAUGUCCAACAGCUUGAAGUUGUUACAGGAAAGGGAGAGGUGGUGACGUGUUCAGAAGAAAAGAAUGCGGAUCUUUUUAAUGGUGUUCUUGGAGGGCUUGGGCAGUUUGGGAUAAUUACACGGGCAAGGAUUUUACUUGAACCGGCUGCGGAAAUGGUGAAAUGGAUCAGAGUGUUGUAUUCAGAUUUUUCGACAUUUACUCGAGAUCAAGAGCGAUUAAUAUCAGCAAAAAAAUCAUUCGAUUACAUAGAAGGACUUGUAAUUAUAAACAGAACAGGUCUUCUCAAUAAUUGGAGAUCAUCUUUUAACCCAAAAGAUGAUGAUGAAGCAAGUCAAUUUAAGUCAGAAGGAAAAACACUUUUUUGCCUUGAGUUGGCGAAAUAUUUCAAUCCAUCAGAUAACGCUGGUGAGAUUUAUGAGGAAAUUGAGAGCAUGUUAUCUGAGUUGAGGUAUAUUCCGUCAACAGUUUUUAUGACUGAAGUUACGUAUAUAGAGUUUUUGGAUAGAGUACAUACAGCAGAGAUAAAACUACAAGCGAAAGGGUUAUGGGAUGUUCCACAUCCAUGGCUAAAUCUUCUUGUUCCAAGUAGUAAAAUUCAGAGAUUUGGUGAUGAAGUUUUUGGGAAGAUUUUAGCAGAUACAAGCAAUGGGCCUGUCCUUGUUUACCCAGUCAACAAAUCAAAAUGGAGCAACAGGAGUUCAGCAGUAAUACCAGAUGAAGAUAUAUUCUACUUAGUGGCAUUUCUAUCACAAGCAAAUCCUUUAUCCACCAAAGGAAAAGAUAGUCUACAACACUUACUGAGUCAGAAUAAAAAAAUCUUGGAUUUCUGCAAAGAAGCCCACUUAGGAGUCAAACAAUAUUUACCACAUUUUCACACACAAGAUGAGUGGAGGGCCCACUUUGGUCAAACAUGGGAGACUUUUCAACGGAGGAAAAUGGCUUAUGACCCAUUAGCAAUCCUUGCUCCUGGCCACAGAAUUUUUCAAAAGGGUAUAUUCGACUUAUGACCAAAAAAUAUAAAUCAUAAUUAUUAUUUUGAAAAGUCGAAAAUGACCUUUCAAAGGAACGUGUGGUAGUGGAGGAAUUUGAAAAAGAAAAAGAAAAAAAAAAAAAUCAUGACCUCCGUAUCAUUGACUCAAAGUAUCACGGGAGUUGACUUGGAUUUUCUUUUUUUACUUGAAGUGGAAAAUUGGGAAUUCGGGUGGUCAACAAAGUUUCUUGGAAGAGUCAAAGUUCAUUCUUUGAGAUUAAGUGGUUAUUGAUUCGAAUACUAAAGUCAAAAAGCCACUUAAUUGAUUCUAAAUUGAUGUAAAUUAUCUUAAAGUUAUAAGAAAAUCUUUUUCUUUCUGACAUAGUGUUGUUUAUAUUGUGUAAUGUAGUUAUUAAGUUCUUUGAUUCUUUGUAAAUUUGUAAAAUAAAUAUAUAAAUCAAUCUACAAGCUAAAUAUAGCCUUUUUACUCCAAAAGUCAAA